AUGCAGCGCGACUUGUCACGGCCUCGGAAGAGAGUCUCGUUCAGUAACCUCACGAGGAAACGGUGCCAGACGCAGAUACCUAGGGAAAAGGUUGAGUUAAUCGAUCCCGUGCGGCUGGGUACCGAGCAGUCGCCUCCUUUUUUCUCGUUCCUCCCCAACUCCCCCACGCGCAACCCCUGGCGCCGCUUCUUCUUCCUCGCCCAGCGCCGUCGCCCCGAUGCAGCCGCUCCAUCCUCCACCAGCAGCCCCGCGCCGCCGCUGAUCGUCGCCUACAGCGCCGCCAUACCAUCCUCAGUUUCAGCCGGCCGCAUGGACCGUCGCCGGGAGAAGGUCGCAGUGGCACCACCGGCUCCGCCUCUGUUCGCAGCCGCCAACAGCUCCUCCGGUCAGUCAGCACCUGGUCUUUGGCCAAUGUAUACUCAUCCACCUGAUGGUUUUCUUAGUUUAUCAGGCAGUCCACGAACCCCACCAUUCCAGCCAAUGCACUAUCCAUCUUAUGUCCCGCCUCCUCAACAAGAGCAACAGGAGAGUCUCCAUUUUGUCGGUGUCCCCUCACAUGUUGCAUUCUCAACGCCGCCGCCGCCGCAACCACCGCCACCAGUUCAUAGUAAAAGGAAAAAAAAACAUCCGAGUCUGCUUCAGGUAGAGGUUCUUUACAAAAAAAAAACCCAUGUUGUAGAGCUUGAAGAUGAUCCAGAGCCUUCAAGGUGUGCGCAGCGUCUGAAUUGGAUACAACAGGAAGAGAAGAGAUUGGCAAGCGCUUGGUUGGAACUUUCAACUGAUCCCAUUGAAGGGAAUGGCAACAAGAGAGAUAAGUAUUGGGAUGACAUAGCUGUUCAAUAUAACAGUCUCACCCCCGCAGAUCGUCAUAGAGAUGUCGUGCAAUUGAAGAGCCAUUUUCAAAAGGUGAAGAGAAAGAUCAACAUUUUCCAUGGUGCAUAUAAUGCUAUGUGUAAGCUAUACACUAGUGGUUAUGGUGAGGAGCAGCUACAGGCCUUCGCCUUGGAGAAAUAUGAAGCCAACCAACAAUCAGCUUUCCAACAUUUGACAAUGUGGAGAGAACUUAAGGACAACGGAAAGUGGCUUGCAGCAAUGAAAACAAUGAAUGGGGAGCAAGAUAAAACAGAUAUAACAUCUGGUGCUAUUGAUGUGGAAGAUGAGGAGCGCCCUCCGGGUCGUGAUACAUCUAAGGAUGAGCGUGAUGGUAAACGCAAACCGUAGGAGUCGGUUACUUUGCUUGGAGAAAAACUUGGCACUUUUAUUGAGACCCAGAAAAGGUCUAGGCUGGAGCGGCAGAAGGUUAUAGAUAGCCAACAUCAACUCUCAAGUCAGCAGCUUGAAACCGCUAAACUUGCCAAGGAGACAAAAUUGACUGAGCUCUACCAGAAGUUAUUGUUUGCUGAUACAAGUGCCAUGGAUGACGAUGCGAAAGUUGAGCGUGCCAAGGCAAUGGCAAGUCUGAGGUCUAUACUAUUUCCAAAAGAAAUGUGAGGUUUAUGCUAUUUCCUUAUUCAUGUUAACUCUGUAGUGUGACAGAACUCAUUGAUCGAAUCUAUUAGAUGAACUAUAUGCAUGUGGUGUAAGCAUGUCUCUACCUUGUGCUGGAUAUAUCAAGUGAGAUAUAAACCUAUGUUAUUUCUAUUUUCUCAAGGAAAGUAAGAUCUAUGCUAUUUCCUCAUUCC